AUGGCUCGGCUCAAUGAUUACACGGCCCCUCCAGAGUCAAUCGAAGCCCUCAAGCGAAGAUUUGUGCGACAAAAUAAGGAGAUCGCGCGGGUCAACUCAAUGCAGUCCCUUCGUAUCCGAAGCUUAGAGUCAGAAGUUGCCCAUUUACUUGCCGAGAAUGUCUCUCUGCGACAGCAAGUGAUCAAUGUCACCCAAGAGGCCGAAAGGUUGGAGGCGGCGAAAAUGCUCCAUGCCGGGGUUUAUGAGAUCAAGUCCCGACUGGACGCCAAAGUAGCAGAGCUGAAUGACCUUGCAUCAGAGCUGGGCAUGCUUCCUCGCAAGAUUGGCAAGCUGGACAAAUCUGACCCAGAUCGCCCGAAAGCAGCGGGGUCGCGACCACAACCCGCGGACCUGGAUUAUCCAGGGGAGGAUGGGAGGCUACCGGCCAUUUUGGAAGACAAAUGCUAUCCUCGAAAAACUCUGGAAGCGCAAGAAAUCCAGAAUCUCGUGCAGGCGGACUCAAGCCCCGCCCAGCCUGUGUUUGAGGUCGAUUUAACACAACAGUCUGCCACGGAAAGCCCAUCGCCUAGUCUCAAGGUCCACGAGAUCCUGCCAGAAGACCAAAUGGGUUCCUCCUCGAUUCCCGAUCAAUGCCUCCCACCCACGCUCGAGACUCGCAAGAAGAAAAAGAAGACAGACUCGGUGUCCCCCGAAAAAGGGGAUUUCACCCUGCAGGAACCGAACGUUCCUGGCGUCAACGACCGGCGGGUAAAGUCAGGAUCUAAACGAAAAUUCAGCCCAGACGAGGAUGGAGCCCUAUCGGAUGGAGAUGGUGUUCAAGAAUGUGACGAGUUUCAAUUCAGCCGACCUAGCCAAAGUCCCCCGAGACAUACAGACCUCUUGCAAUUGAUGCAUCAGGAUACUUCACCUAUAAAGACUCCCGUGAGCAUUAAACGAGGGUCAGCAACUGGAACCAUGAAACGGAAAGUUCUUGAACCCAAGAGUGCAAAUCUCAGCUUAGGCUCCCCCAAGAAAGCUCGGGCAUCGUUGCAUCCGGACAAUAAGCUUCCCAUGCAGAUGGUUGGUAAUGAAAACACCGUGUCACCUCAGAAACCGAAGGAGCUCGAGAAACCCAGAGGCCGUAGCUUAAGUCAAGCGGCGCGUCGACCUCGUCCCAUUUCCGAUACUCAAAGACAGAGACAUUCUCAACCCUCCGUCCAGUCUGAACAGCCAGCGCUUAUUUCACUCAAGGAUUCUCCCAUCGUCCAGUCUGAUAUCAUGGCCACCGAUGCAGAUGUGGCAGCGACAUCCCGAUCCUCACGACGCCGGGGGGCAGUGGUCAGCUAUGCAGAGCCCAACCUGCGUGACAAAAUGCGACGCCCAACCAAAGAACUGAUUGAUGCCGUGGGCCGAAAUGGAUCCCGCAGAUCCUCAAGCUUCCUGCUUGACCCGCAGAGCUUGGGUGAGGCAGGCGGUAUGCUGCAAGGAGAAAAGCCGGCGACCAGCCCUUUUCCCCAGUCGAACCAAAACCUGGUCAAUCCGAAGCACACGCAUCAGACCCUUGGUAGAUCCUCGGGAGACGAGGCAUCACACCAAUUGCUGGAGACCGUAUCCCAACGGAGGCAAUCGCGGCGGCACUCAUCUAACCCAAAAAGCACCACUCGUGACACAUCGCCAUCAAGGGGUGUCUCCGGAGCUGCAGAGCAGCCAUCUUCUCUGUCGAUGAAAUCCCCUCCUGGUGCAAGUUCAUCUCUCAUGCAGGCAGAUGGCUCGUUGGAAGAUGAUGACCUUUCUUGGAAGAGUUCGGCCAUGGAGACCGGCUACCGCAGAGAGACUCGUGUGGCGGCGAGAAGGAAAAGUAUGAUGGUAUAA